AUGCGUGUCCAGGUGAAGGAUCUACAGCGCGAGCUAAAGAAGCGUGGCCUCGAUACCAGUGGACUCAAGGCUGGGCUGCUCCAGCGGCUGAAGGAGCAUCUGCAGCAGGAGGAAAAAGAGACGGCACACGAAGAGAACAUCAAGGCAUCUAGUGACAAGAAGGAGGAGACGGAUCACAAGAGCGAGAAGAAGGGCGAGGAAAACAAAGAGAAAAAAUCUGAUAAGAAGGGCAAAUCAGAUCCGGAAAAGGAUGCUGGGAGUAAUGAUGGCGAAAAUGAAGAUAAACCGAAAGCGCUGAAACGUGGCGCAGAUGCACUCGAAAAGGACGACAAUAAGGACUUGCCAGACAUAAAGAAGCCCAAGCUGGCUAAAGAGGCGAAGAAUGGUAGCCCGCAGCCUGAAGAUGAAGAUGGUGAUAAACCGAUGCCGGCUGUGGAUGCUGAAAAAGCGGUUGAUGGAGAUUCUAGAGUAACCAGGGAAAAGGAACUCAGAACUACACUUCGUAUCGAUAAUUUUGUCAGACCGUUCACGCUAAAUGCCGUCAAGACACUUGUGCAAGAGCUUGGUAAUUUUGUGGAAGAUGGAUUCUGGAUGGAUGCUAUCAAGACGCAUUGUUUCGUGACGUAUCCCACCUCUGAAAUCAACACCACUAUCGAAGUGGAGACCAAAGCGGAGCCCGAAAUAUUUUCCAAAAAAACACGAACACCACUAUCGAAGUGGAGCCCAAAGUGGAGCCCAAAAUAUUUUCCAAAACAAUCACACCCCGAUAGAGAUGGAGACGACGCGGUUGCGAACAACGGAGCUGCUGUCAAAGAGCCUGUCCAGAUCGAGGACAUCGCUGUCAAUGGCGAUAUGUGCGAUCCCACGGACCAGGAGGUGCUCGACGCCGAGGACUACAUGCGCAAAAUCAUGAACCAACUUGAUCAUACGGCCAUGGAGGUGUCGCAGUAUGGCGAGGCGAAUUUACUCAGCCGACUGAAGAAUAAGGACAGCAAUGGUACACAAGCAGCGCAACGCCAAAAGGUGACGAUCGACGAGUUUUUCCUAAAGACCGAGACAAAACCUGUGCUGUACUACUUACCGCUCACAGAUGAACAAGUAAAGGAAAUGAAACAGCGCCAGAGCCAGCAACCGGAAGGCCAGCCGCGCAAACGCCGCCAUCGUGGCGGUCGCAAGAGGAACAGACGUGCACGCUUUCGACGCUAGGUACAAAGCAUAUUGCCAAGACAAGCUAGGUAUACGAUGG